UCGAAGACUUGCGUCAAAAUGGGUGUUUUCAGCCUCUCACUUACAGCGGAUCAUUAAGUCAGCAAUAAUACACUUUUCCCUGCGCCGAACGGAAACGUUUAACAUCGUCCUAGCUUUUAGGGGUUGCGAUAGCAAAAAGAGUUACAAAGACCAUAUCGAGGGAUUGUGAAGUAUGACCAGAAAGGACCAAUACGCUGAGCUAAGCAAAGUUGUCGCUUCAGCCCUUGUUGCAGAUGCUUAUCCCGAGUGCGGGCAUCGGUUUUUCGCCGAUAUAUGACGCUAUUUACCGAAAGGACCUUGAGCCUCUAUUCCGAACCCCGGACCUCAACUUUCUGGGGAAGGAGAUCGAGCAAACAUUCUACGAUAUAGCGAUCCUAACCGAGGAGGAAGGCAAGUCGGCAUUUAGUCACCAUCUGGACUCUUUGAAGAAAUCGAGCUUCUUCGGAAACAAGUUCAGUAAGGCCUCCUGUCUUAUCUGCUUAGCUAGGCAAUUUUGCACCGUCUUAACAUGCGGGCACGGUGUGUGUGAGCGGUGCGUUCGGGCCAUAGGCCCCGUUUACGAACCAUGCCGAUUUGAGAUCCCUCGUUGCCCCCUUUGCCAAGCCAUCAAUACGCGCAUGGUAUUCCUCCGACCGCCGACGGCUGCUAGACGAACUCUUAUCCUAGAUGUCCCUAUAUCCAACAAGAUCUUGCUUGGCUAUUUUUUUAAAGGACUUGCAAUCUUGUAUUGGAUUGGCUUCAGUUCCUUUGCGCGACUACUUUGAGACGAUUUACGGCCAAGGGGUUGGAGCCUAUUACGCCCUUGGAAUGUACUUGCGUAGCUGGAGCGUGCUCCAGUAUGAAAGGCGCGAGGAAUGUUGAAGGCAUACGUGCUAAAGGAGGAUACUUCAAAAAGCCUGAACGUGUGGUAUUUGGUAGAGACGAGUGGUGCGUCGAGGAAAUUCAAUCGCACGUCGG